AUGUACAGAGACCGAGAGCUCACAGACAGCUUAAUCCCCCCCAGGGAUAUUUCUGUGCAGGAUCUCCACAGGCAUUGGGAUGAGCCCCGGCCCUCGACUGGGACUGGUGGCGCGCCCUCUCGGGGAGCCUCGGGUCUGGGGCAGCCAGCGCGGGCGCGGGUGGAGGCUCUGGAGCGUCCCUGGAGGGCGGGGGCCGGGGGCAGCCAGCAGGUGGGGCCCCGGGCCGGACUCCGCCCCCCGCACCCUCCCCGUUGGUCCGCGACCGCCCAGCCCCGGCCCCUCUUCCGAGCCCGAGCGCGAUUGGUGGCGGCGCUUGUCGCUCGGAGGGGGCCGGGCCGCUGGGCUCCGUGGUUCACCCUGCCGCCGCUGCCGCUGCCGCCGCCGCCGUCCUUCCAGCAGCGCGGGCGGGUCGGACCGCCAAGGCAAUCGGCGCCGGGCGAUGGGAAGCGGCGCGGCCGCGGAUCCAGGCUGUGGCAAAGUUUCCCAGACGCUCGUAUCAAGGCGCGCGGCUGCCGACCACCCGUGACUGCUCCGAGAAGGGCUCGGAGAUUUUUAAUUUGGAAAAAUAAUCCACCUCAUUUCCUUUGUCAAGCUCUCUCUCUCAAAGCGGCCAGCGGCGGGAGCUACAAACUUGGGCACGGCGGCUCCACUGCCGGCGGUCCGGGCUUUGGAGACCGUCGGCACUCAGGUGCUCCGGCGCCCGGCGGCCCCGGGCGUCCGAGAGGGUGUGAUCGCGGGGGAGUCCCGGGUGCGCAGAGAGAAGGGGCCCCCGGGAGCUCUAUAUGGAGGAGGGAGCCCAGAAUGGUGUGCACCAGGAAGACCAAAACUUUGGUGUCCACUUGCGUGAUCCUGAGCGGCAUGACCAACAUCAUAUGUCUGCUCUACGUGGGCUGGGUCACCAACUACAUCGCCAGCGUGUAUGUGCGGGGGCAGGAGCCGGCGCCCGACAAGAAGCUGGAGGAAGACAAAGGGGACACCCUGAAGAUUAUUGAACGGCUGGAUCACCUGGAGAAUGUCAUAAAGCAGCAUAUCCAAGAGGCCCCCGCCAAGCCCGAGGAGGCAGAGGCUGAGCCCUUCACAGACUCCUCUCUGUUUGCACACUGGGGCCAGGAGCUCAGCCCGGAAGGCCGGCGUGUGGCCCUGAAGCAGUUCCAGUACUACGGCUACAACGCCUACCUCAGCGACCGCCUACCCCUCGACCGGCCCCUGCCUGACCUCAGACCCAGUGGGUGCCGCAACCUCUCAUUCCCCGACAGCCUCCCAGAGGUGAGCAUCGUGUUCAUCUUUGUCAAUGAAGCGCUGUCUGUGCUGCUGCGUGCCAUCCACUCGGCCAUCGCGCGCACACCUCCGCACCUGCUCAAGGAGAUCAUCCUGGUGGAUGACAACAGCAGUAACGAGACUGCCUUGCUUGUCUGCUCAAGCCCACAGAGACUUAUCCUUGUUCUGCUCCGAAAGUCAUUCACAUGCUUUCAUUCAGUAAACCAAGCACCAGGUUCUAAGCUUGGCACAGGGGAGGCAGUGGUGAACCAGCUGUGGUUCCCUACUUCAGGCGAGUUUUAG